AUGCCUGGAUUAGAUCCCAAAGUAGCAGUCUAUCAUCUGGCGGUCAAGAAUGGUACCCGUCCUGUUAAGCAGGCCCAAAGGUAUUUCAGACCAGAUUUGGUUCCUUCAAUCGAAAAUGAAGUCAACAAACUCAUUGAAGCUGGAUUUAUUCGUGAAGUUAAAUAUCCUACAUGGAUUUCGAGUAUCGUUCCCGUAAAAAAGAAGACGGGCCAAAUUCGAGUUUGUGUUGACUUCAGGGAUCUUAACAACGCAUGCCCUAAAGAUGAUUUCCCGCUUCCCAUCCCAGAAUUGAUGAUUGAUGCUACCACUGGUUACGAGGCGAUGUCUUUCAUGGAUGGUUCAUCCGGCUAUAACCAAAUUCGCAUGGCACCAAAAGAUGAAGAGCUUACUGCAUUUCGUACACCCAAGGUCUUCUCGAUUCAAAAGCUGAAGCACUACUUUCAAGCUCAUAGUGUUAACCUCAAUUCCAGAGCAAAUCCCAUCAAGUUUGUGAUGUCAAAACCAGUCCUCAGUGAUCGACUAGCAAGGUGGUACCUCCAAUUUCAACAAUUUGAGAUUACAUACAUCCCUCAAAAGGCUGUAAAAGGACAGGCAUUGGUAGACUUCCUAGCAGAUCACCCGAUACCUGAUGACUGGGAGCUAACUGAUGAACUUCCCGACGAAGAUGCAAUGGUCGUUGAAAUUCAGUCUCCGUGGAAAAUGUACUUUGAUGGUGCUGCACAACGUGAUGGAACUGGUGCUGGUGUGGUGUUUGUUACUCCGCAGGGAGAAGUUCUACCAUACUCCUUUACUUUGACACAACGUUGCUCCAACAACGUCACUGAAUAUCAAGCACUAAUACUUGGACUUGAAAUGGCCGUCGACAUGAAGCAGUUGCAGUUGCAAGUCUUUGGUGACUCUCGGUUGGUGAUCAAUCAACUCUUGGGAAGCUACGAAGUCAAGAAGCCCGAAUUACUCCACUAUCAUGGUUAUGCUCAGAAGUUGAUAGGAUGGCUUGGUGAUGUGACUCUUCAGCACGUUCCAAGGAAGGAAAAUAAGAAAGCUGAUGCUUUAGCUGCUCUAGCUUCAACACUAACUCUGCCAGAUCAAACUCAAGUGACUAUCUGCCAAAAAUGGGUAGUACCUCCACCAAAUGAGGAUGAAGGCGCGGAAAGUGAGCUUGAGCAUCUCGUAGCUGUUUCUGAAGCUGCAAAGGAAGACUGGCGACAACCCAUCAUUGAUUACCUAAGUUAUGGGAUACUGCUAUAA